ACUGUCCAGGUGGAACUGGUUGACCAUCAGAGAAGACAGCAUCGCCAUCCUCCUCCUCUGAGCUACCACCUCCACUGGGCCACGUUCUCCGUAACGGGAGGACAUCAACAAGGAUGAUGUGAAUUCACCCGCCACCGGAAGCGUUGGAGGCUGUGGGCGGCGACAGAGACCGGUACUCUCCUCUGAUUGGUUAUCAGGGCUGCCUGGCAAUAAUUGUACUACCGGUUCCCAUUGUUUUGUGGCCGAACCGUGAACACUACGCAGUGAGGAGCAGGUAGUGGUGGCGGCUCGGUAACACGUGCUGUAGGGUUGAAGCUGUACACCGGUGCGCGGACAGAACUAUAAAACAUGGCGAAGAGACACGCGGAGGAGCCGCUGCUGCUGCUGCACGAAUUUCCCUCCAAAACACUCGCCCGCUCCCUCCUCAGUGUUGACCUGCAGCUGGGGUCAGACCCUCCGGCAGCCCGGCCUCUGAGCCGCAGCCCCCCGGCCCUGCUGGCCGUGGUUGGUGGCCGCUGCCGGAAGAGGCCGCACUCCUCCUCCGAGGAGCCGGAGCAGAAACCACAAGAACCAGGGGUUUGCGUCAAGGAGCGUGCGGCUGAUGUUGUGACGCUGCAGACUCCUGGAAGCGUCCGGGAGCAUCACGGCAGCGGUUCACCCGCAAACCACAAGAAACGACCCAGAGGAGACAGCGAGGUUUCUCCCCCUGGAGCUCUUGAUAAAGUUGGAGCUGGAGACUCAGACACCGAAGACUGCGCUUUCAACACCUUCUGGUUCUGGAGGCCCCCCCUACCUAAACUCGACCUCUCACUGCUGGAAGAUGACCACAGCGAUCCCCAAACAAAGCAGAGGUCAAAGGUCAAAGACUGUUCCUCUGAUGCCAUGGAGACGUGAGGUGGCUAACAUCAGUAGGCCAACAUGAUGAUUGAAAAACAUGAUGUGCUCCAGUAGGUUGCCCGAAUUGCAUCCAGGUGAGAUGCGACAACCUGACUGUCCAAUGAGCCCUAUCUGACUGACAAGUGGGCCUUAGAAAGUGAGUGAAUCCAGAGAGUGCAAGCGUCCCCCCAAGCUGAUUGGCCAAUUGACCAACUGUUCAUAUAUAUUCACUCUCUACAUAUGCCUGAUUCUUUUUUUAUAAACAUCUCUACAUUAUUCUUUGAGAAAUUCAGAAAAUGUUGAGAAAUACCUCACCAUGUUUGAGAAAGUAAAACAUAAAAAAUAAAUCCUGCUUCCACCACCUUUAAAAAAGUCCGCUCCAAAAAUGUAUGAUUUUCUUCGGUCCAUACUCUACCCUUUCCAAGUUAUAAUAAAACGGGUUAAUUCGUUUUUCAUAAUCUUGCUAAAUUAAAACAUAAAUUCUCUGGUGGAUACAGCAGUGAUUUAUUCUCAUCCCUCGUUCAAUUAUAUGUAUGAGCAGUGACCUUUUCGUUCUAUGCUGAAUCCUGACAUGACAAACGUGCAGCAGUAUUUUAUACACACAUGUUUGAACAGUUCUUAAAGCAGUUUGUUGUAACCCUGCCCACAUUGUGACUGUAGUGUAAGUGUAGACUCUUGUAGAUGUUGUGGGAAAUCUUCAUUUUGAAUUUGCCUCACAGAGGGCUUUAAUGUGUGCUCUAUUAGCAGUUUUCUUUGGGAUGUUACUCUUACACAUUAUUGGCAAUCAGUCCUGAUUGUCACUGUCAGCUGUGUUUUUGGCAAUAAAUGCAGUUUUCUAUCCAAGAA